AUGCAAUUCACUACCGCUAUCGUUGCUGCCACCGCCGCUUUAAUCAACUACGUUUCUGCUGAAUCCGUUGUUGCCAUCUCUCAAAUUACUGAUGGUCAAAUCCAAGCUACUCACACCGCUGCCUCUGCUUCUCACGCCACUGCUUCUUCUUCCGCUCACACCACUGCUACUGUUUCCCAAUUCUCUUCCAACGGUGCUGCUAAGGCUGUUGCUGGUUUAGGUGCUGGUGUUGCUGCUGCUGCUGCUUUCUUAUUAUAA